AUGAAGGACUCCGGCGCCGUAGAAGUUCCUUACUGCAACGACGCCACCACCCAUAGUAGUGGCCGCACCCACCACCCCUACGCUAGGUGUUACAACAACAACAACAACGAGGCCACUAACAAUGCUAACAGUGGGCACACCGCAUCCAUUCCGGUGCAGGUGGCGAAGCGGGCGUCGUACGACGAGGGGAAGGAUGAGAUGCCCUCUUCACCAGUGACGGUGCAGGCACGAUACCGCCUUCAGAGCCCGACGUUCAGCUCCAGAAAAGGCGAAGUAAUGCUUUCAACCUCGCCAGUUGAUGCUGCGCUGCGCUCCCCGCCGUACGCGUGGAGUCCUGGUAGUUCACUCCAAGGCGACUCAUCUCAGAACCAGUUCCAGACGGGUCUUGCGGCGAGCACGCCAAUUCCUGUGGCACAGGACGUUAGUGUGGGCGGCAGAGGUAGGUCACCGUACCCCGCUAGUUACGCCCCGGCAAGCUUCGCGAUGCCCCCCGCCCUCGCUGGUGGGAUGCGGUCGCCGCACAACGACGGUGUGACGCGGUUGCCUCAGACGGAUUCACUCGUCUCGCCGCUGCGCAUAGGCUCGCCGCCGUUGGGGUGCCACGGACCAGAGUACAGCUCACCAGUGUUGUUGCCUGUAUCACCACUGUACCACGGCGACACGCUACUGCUGCGCAGCCCAAAGGGCGGCCGCGGUGGCGGUGGCGCGAUGGUGCGCGGCACGAGCGGCGACAGGCCGCAGAGCCGGACGGUCAAAAACAGCGCCGGCCUCGGCGACGGUGGCUCGACAGUGUCGGGUAGCAGCACAAGCUCCAUCCGGGAGGAUCUGGCGCUUUGCCCCAAUGACGGGCUCUGCACCCUCAUCAAUGACAGGAAGCAUCAGCGCAAAUUCGCCCAUACAUGUCGUUUGUUUCCGUGCUACCACGGCCACGUCGCACGCCACGGGAAGUUGUUUCGCCACGCAGAAGGGCAAAUCGCCCAAACCGAGGGCCUUUCGAGCGGAAACGGUGUGCGAAAGCGACUUCCAGCCGAGGCCCUGGCCAGUGUGAAUUUCAGCUCUAUCAGUCCAGAGGCGCCCAAUGCCUACCGUAUUAUAGUAAGCCAUGGUGAGAAGAGCUACGAGAUAUUUGGUGACUGGCAAAAUGUUCGCGUUCAUACCUUCAAGCGUUACUUGCACCAGGUAUACAAGAUUCCACCAACGUCGCAGGUGCUGGUGCGUGCUGAGGGGAAGGUGCUGCUGGACGACGACAUUGAGUCCGUGAGCCGCUACGGGGUGCAGCCCGACACUGUAAUAACACUGAAACGCAAGGAGGACGAUGAACCACCACGUGUGCCGCUCGAAGAUUUGUAG